CUACGGUAUAUGCGCUCGAAACCUUACUCCUUAACUCUAUUAUACGGCUACCGAUCGUGGUUCUACCAGUCUCGCGCUGCCUCUAUACAAAUACAGUUGUAUCGUCCGUGACCGUACUACGGUAUAUCGUUACGCGAUUGUGGAAAAGUGAGAUAAAUUCACUUUUAAAGUGAGAAAACCCCGUAACAUAAUAACAAAACGUUAAACGUUAUAUUCGCUUGUAACAUUGGUGUUUUCGUUCGUGAGCUUUUUAUAUACAGCGUGUUCACAAUGCCGGCUGAAGCGCAGACCAAAGUCAUUCUACGCGAAGUGACGCCAGAAAUAUCGCAACACAUGCUGUCUGACGUAACUACCCUUCCCGGUGUGCAGUUGGGCGACUUCCUGUUGCAGUUCGAACUCGAGGAGCCCAGAGAAUCCGUCCGGGAAAUCGCGAGACGUGAAUUGCGAGAAACGCCAGAAGUUGUCAAACCCGCUGUGGAAGAACUAAGAAGUUUGCUAGAAGCGGACAAAGAAUUAGUGGUGCCAUUAGAGAGAGACGCAUGGCUUAUCAGGUUUCUGCGACCAUGCAAAUUUUACCCGCAGAGUGCAUAUGAUUUGAUUAAGAGGUACUACGCAUUCAAAGUAAAGCAUCACAAGCAUUAUGAAGGCCUCGCGCCUAGCAAAGAGCAAAACGUCUUCAAACAGAAUGUUCUGCGCGUCCUGCCUAAUAGGGACCAGCUGGGCCGGAGAGUUCUUGUUCUUGAAUUAGGCAAAAAAUGGAACCACAACAAAUGCUCACUGGACGAGGUUUUCAAAGGCUGCGUGCUAUUUCUGGAAGCAGCUAUGUUGGAGCCCGAGACACAGAUCUGCGGCGCCGUCGUAAUAUUUGAUAUGGACGGCCUUUCUAUGCAACAAGUCUGGCAGUUUACGCCGCAGUUCGCUAAGCGAAUUGUAGACUGGUUACAGGAGAGUAUCCCGCUAAGAAUAAAAGGCUUCUACAUCAUCAACCAGCCGUUUAUCUUCAACAUGAUCUUCCAACUGUUCAAGCCCUUGCUCAAAGAGAAGCUGCGAUCCCGCAUCGUGUUUAUGGGCAGUGACCGAGAGCAACUGUAUAAAUAUAUCACUCCCAAGUUCCUACCGGACUGCUAUGGAGGCACGCUCAGCAUUCCUAACGUCAGCGGACCGCAAUGGUUGGAACUAUUAUUGAUCUGCGAUAAAGAAUUUGCCGCCAUUAACUCUUACGGAUAUCGGAAGAAAUGAAUAAGGAAUCUAGGCUAAGCAUUUAUUGGACUACUUUUAGGGACCAGUACAAAAUUAAAGAUUAUCAUGUAAACAGUAUCCAUCAGAGGUGCCGUUACCAAACAAAUCAAUAAACAUUGUUGUAAAACAUCAAAACUUGUAAGUGCAAUUUUGCAAUACCUACGGGGUAAAACUUAAUUUUUCGAAACAAUUGCUAGUCAAAAUUCCCACAAUAAUUUGUUGUUAUUGACUGAGUUAUAGGACACCUUCCCUCUCUCAGCAUACGAAUUUAGGAAAUAGUGGAAAGAUCAGCUAAUCAAAAAGUAUUUUGAUUGUCACAUUGUCGAUUUUAUUCUAUAACAAUCGAUCUCCCGAUGUUAAGAAGAGGUAGACGAAAUUACUCUUCUGCCUCUUCUUAUUUUGCUCUAUGGUUUCUCGCUGUGUCAAACCCGCACUUCGCUAUUAUCGAGUAGCUCAGAGGAGGCAUGGCGGAGUCAGGAGAUGUAGAUUGAUCAGUUAGAACAUCGACUCAUACCAAACUGUCAUGUGGGCAAUCAAAACUCCCCUGGUGUUAGUGAUGCGAGAUGGUGAUGCGAUGGUAAACAUAUAGUAAUAGGUACAAUCAUUAUGCGCUUAGUACGUUGUUAUAGCAAAAGUUUGCAAUUAAGUUUGUUUGGUUGUAACACUUUGUAACAAUGUUAACAUAGUUACAUAAGGUUUUACAAUAAUGUUUAUAUUCUAUUUUGGAGUAGGCACAUUCAAAUUCUGACAAAAUUUUUAUUCAUACAGGUAAUUUAUUUUUAAUCUGAGUACUAAUGGUCCCUUUAAUUUAAUUUAAUUAUGGAAAUGUGAUAUGUUACUUUAAGAUUUUAUGAAUCGUCUCGAAUUUACGAUGAUGAGUUAGGUACUUACUAUUAGAUGAAAUAUAAGUAUAGCCUUAGUUCAAUAUACUAUUUUUAUAUUUAAGUAUUAUAAUAAUAUUCUCUUAAGUUUUGUAAGUAAAUAAAAAAACGACCAAUAAAAAAUAUAUGAUCAAAUCUCAAGAAAUUAUAGGGUUCUUAACAAAUUAUAGCCUUAAUACCAUAACUAACUGAAAAGUAAAAGAAGUUUUGUAAGCACAACUUAGCAAUAAGUGUGGUGAAAAUUGUGAUAAAAUUUGGAUGAGUGGCGAUAGCUACUCUCUUCAUAGUCGAGUUAUGGAUUUUCUUUUAAAUUUAAGCAGUCUGUGUGUUUGGUGGUUCCGCUCUCUACAAUUGUUCCCUAUUGUUUCCCAAAGCCAUUGCACAAACCAACUGCUACUGCACUGCACUGCCGGAUUAAGCUUAGAGAACUCUUUUAUGUAUUGUUACAUUUUUAUGCACAAAUAAAUUUAGUAAUGGGCUACUAUUAAGUAAGCUGUAUAGGUGUUUUGGUUAAGUUCCAAAACAAUCGGUCAUAUGCUUCUUCGCUAAUCCCUUCUACUUGUAUUAUGUCGUUAAGCACCUACAAUCAGCAAAACUCUAAUUUUUAUUUAAAUAAAAUUUUACAUGACAUGUGCCGUGACUCAUUUGUUUUUAUUCUUUGCGGAUUUGUGGUAACUUAGCUCAAGCUCAUCACUUGCCUUUCCUUAAUAACGAUGUACUCUGCAGCAAUUAUACUAAAUAUUUAAUAUAGGUUUUUAUACUUUAUCUAGGGAACAUAGGAGAAUACCUUUGUUGAUGUAUUAAUUCUGUCAUUUUUGUUUACUAAUUGUUAAGGGCUGUGAUAUUAUUAUUUCUAUUUUGCACGAUUUCUUCUAAGCUUUGCCAGGUUAGUGUAAGAGUAAUUUAAUCAUAAAUGUCUCCCCUUUAGUCUCUUAUGAAAUAAUUAUAAUGUUAAGAUUUAUUGGUCUUAAUCAGUCUUACGGAAAGAUUUGGAAGCAUAUAACAAAUUUCCAAUUUUGUUAAAAAAUAUUCGAAUGAACAAUUGCUAGUAAUAUUAACAUAGGAAUAAAACACAGUAGCAACAUUAUGUAUUAUGUAUGUUUUAAUGUAGUAUCUUGACAGUUACUUGACUUGUACUAUUAUUAUAGUUAAUGUGAAAUCGUGUCGGUUGAUUUGUUUGUUUGUUACCUAUGUGCAAUCACAGCACCGAUUUGGAUGGAAAAUGACACAGAUAAAGCUUUCAUCCUGGAGACGGACUUUUUAUCCCGCUAAAACAGGGUGUUAAAAUAUAUAGCAAGUUUUAGAUAUCAAAUAUAAAUUAAAAUAAAACAGGAUCUUGAACUCAUAUGCUUCUUCAUACAAAAAAGGGUCAAAUUUAAAUUAUUUGUUAAAUAAAUUGGAGGUAUGAGUGUACUAAAAUAUGAAUAUUAUGUAAGCAGAACAAGAAGUGAGGCCCUGAUAUAACAUAUCACAAUACUGAAAUAACGUAAAUCAGUCAAAUUUGUAUGGAGUGGUCAAACUGAGUUGGUCCCUAGAGUAUUGAAAUAAAAUUUCAGAUUCCAGCUAACAACGCGAUGACAUGAAUUUAAAUGAAAAGAAAGGCUACAGAAUAUAUUUAAAUAAAUAUAUAUCAGUCUACGUGACAGGGUUUUAAUCUAUAUUUAGUUAAGAGAAAAAGAAAUCACUCAUAAGCUUAUGUAUUUCGUAAUAUAUUUAUUUUUUUACAGACAUAUUUUAUAAAGGUUGAUAUUUUAUAGAAUAUAAGUAAGUAAAUAUAGAUAAACCAUUUAAAAAUACGCACAUGACAUGCAAUCAAGCAAUAUAAUUGAAUGGGCAUUAUUCAUUAUAUUUUAUCAAAUUCUGUAUUUGGCCAAUUGGAAUUAAGUUUUCAGUUUUUAAAAUAGACCAAUAGGUCACAGCCCUCGUAUUAUUUCUUUAUCGACUUAGCAAUUUUUUUACAAUAUU